CCCAAAGAAAUCAUAUUCCCGCAAAACCUUCUCUCUCUCUAACACCAAAAUCUCAACUUUCCUUUUUCUAUCUCACUCCAAUUAAUUUAUCUCUCUUCCAAAUUAGCAACAUGAACGAUCUGAUGACCAAAUCCUUCACCAGCUACGUGGAUCUGAAGAAGGCUGCCAUGAAAGACAUCGACCUCGAGGCCGGUUUAGAAAUGGCGUCCACUGACAGCGGCGGUGACAUGGUUCUCUUCCUCGAAGAGGCCGAGAAGGUGAAAUCGGAGAUGGGUUCGAUUCGAGAGAUCCUUGGAAAGCUCCAGCAGGCCAAUGAGGAGACCAAAUCGGCUCACAAACCGGAAACUUUGAAAUCUCUCCGCCACACCAUUAACGUCGACAUCGUCACCGUCCUGAAGAAGGCGAGAUCUAUCCGAUCCCAGCUCGAGGAAAUGGACCGCACCAAUGCUGCCAAGAAGAGGCUCUCUGGCAGCAAAGAAGGAUCCGCCAUUUACAGGACGCGGAUGGCGGUGACAAACGGGCUGCGGAAGAAGCUAAAGGAGCUAAUGAUGGAGUUCCAGAGCCUGAGGCAACGGAUGAUGACGGAGUACAAGGAGACGGUGGGGCGGCGGUACUUCACGGUGACGGGAGAGGAGGCGGAGGAGGAGGUGAUAGAGAAGAUAAUAGAGAACGGCGGGGAGGAGUUUCUGGGGAGGGCGAUAGAGGAGCACGGGCGGGGGAAGGUGGCGGAGACGGUGGUGGAGAUACAGGACCGGCACGGGGCGGCGAAGGAGAUAGAGAGGAGCUUGCUGGAGCUGCACCAGGUGUUCUUGGACAUGGCAGUGAUGGUGGAAGCACAGGGGGAGAAGAUGGAUGACAUUGAACACCAUGUCAUCAAUGCUUCACAGUAUGUGACAGAUGGGACUAAGGAUUUGAAGAAUGCUAAGGAUUUGCAGAGGAGCAGUAGGAAAUGGAUGUGUUUGGGGAUUUUGCUUCUCAUUCUCAUUGUUUUUGUUGUUGUUAUUCCCAUUGCUGUUAGUUUUGGGAGUUCUUGAAGUUCUUCAUUCAUUUUUUUUUUUUGGGAGAUGGGAUUUGAUUGUUGUGAAGUUGGGAAUUUUUGGGAUGUUCUUGGCAUCCCCUAAAUAUGAUGGAAUUUAUGAUUUGAUUUAUGCAAAUUCAAUUAAUUCUUUUUGUGCUCA